AUGGAACGCGAAGGAAAGAUGAUUCUGCAACAAAGGCAAGUUCUCUUUCUCCUUGUUCUGCUGGGUGUGUCUGGGGCGGCCUCAGAGCCGGAGCAGUUUUCGGUAGUGGAAGAAAUGGAGAAAGACUCCUUUGUGGGCAAUGUGGCAAAGGCCCUGGGCCUGAAGGUGGGGUUGUUGUCCUAUCAGGGGACCAGAGUAGUUUUCAAAGGGAACAAAGAGUACUUACAGCUACAUCCUAAAACAGGGGAUCUGCUCCUGAGAGAAAAACUGGAUCGGGAGGAGCUGUGCGGCCCCGCCGAGUCCUGUGUGCUGCCUUUCCAGAUCUUACUGGAAAAUCCUUUUCGGGUCGUUCGCGCUGAGCUUAGGAUACAAGACAUUAAUGACCAUUCGCCAGAAUUCCUAGACACUGAGACGGUACUAAAAAUCCUUGAGAACACCUCCCCCGGGACUGUGUUUCUAUUAGAAAAUGCGCAGGAUUUAGACGUAGGAAGCAACAGUCUCCAGAACUAUACCAUCAGCUCCAACUCUCAUUUCCACAUUCAAAUUCGAGGGGACGCAGAAGGCAGGAAAUACCCAGAGCUUGUAUUGGAUAAAGCUCUGGAUCGUGAGUUGCAGCAAGAGUUUAAAUUAACUGUCACUGCAGUAGAUGGGGGAGCCCCACCCAGGUCUGGGACUGCCCAAGUCCUAGUGUUGGUUAUGGACAUCAAUGACAAUGCCCCUGUGUUCUCUCAGUCCCGGUAUGAUGUUCAAAUUCCUGAGAACAGCCCUAUUAAUUCCCUCCUUGCUACAGUCUCAGCUAAAGAUUUAGAUGCCGGAAACAACGCAGAGAUUUCCUAUUCUUUAUUUCAUGCCACUGAAAGUAUUCGUAAAACCUUCCAAUUAAACGAAAAAUCCGGACAACUUCGUCUAAAAGAGAAACUGGAUUUUGAGUCAAUUCAAUCUUACACAAUAAAUAUCCGGGCUACAGAUGGUGGAGGCCUUUCUGGAAAAUGUACUAUGGUUGUUCAAGUGAAGGAUUUAAACGACAAUCCCCCGGAGCUGACUAUGUCUUCAUUUAUGAGCCCCAUCCCGGAGAACUCUCCUGAUAUAACGGUGGCCGUUUUCAGCGUUUCAGAUCUCGACUCCGGGGAAAAUGGAAGGAUGGUUUGCUCCAUCCAAGAUGAUCUUCCUUUUACCCUGAAACCUUCCAUUGAGAACUUCUACACACUGGUAACAGAAGGAGCCCUGGACAGAGAGAGCAGGGCCCAGUAUAACAUCAGCAUUACUGUCACAGAUUUGGGAUCCCCGAGGCUCAAAUCUGAGCACAAUAUCACAGUGGUCAUCUCUGAUGUCAAUGAUAACCCUCCUGUGUUUUCUCAGAGAGCCUACAAACUGUACCUCCAGGAGAACAACAGUCCUGCCCUCCACAUUGGCAGUGUCAGUGCCAGUGACAGGGACUCAGGAGUCAAUGCCAAAGUUACCUACUCUCUGCUGCCUCCAGAGACUGGAGACCUGCCUCUCUUCUCCUACAUCUCCAUCAACUCAGACAAUGGACAUCUCUAUGCUCUCAGAUCCCUGGAUUAUGAAGCCAUUCAAGGUUUCCAUUUCACUGUGAGGGCAGCUGAUGGUGGUUCCCCAUCACUGAGCAGCCAGGUUCUGGUUCAGGUUUUGGUAGAAGAUGAGAAUGACAACUCUCCCUUUGUGCUGUACCCCCUGCAGAAUGGGACAGCUCCCUGCAAUGACCUGGUGCCCAGAGCUGCAGAACCAGGUUACCUGGUGACCAAGGUGGUGGCUGUGGAUAGGGACUGGGGACAGAAUUCCUGGCUUUCCUACCAGCUUCUCAAGGCCACAGACCCAGGACUCUUCACUUUGUUGGCCCAUAAUGGCGAAGUUCACACAGCAAGGCCCAUCAGUGACAGAGACACUAUCAAGCAGAGGCUCCUGGUGCUGGUGAAGGACAAUGGGCAACCACCUCUAUCCACAGUGGUCACACUAACUGUGCUUCUGGUGGAUGGUUUCUCUGAACCAUAUGUGAAGAUCCAAGACUCUAACAAAGAGCAGGAGCAGACUGACUCCCUCACUCUCUACUUGAUCAUUUCUCUGGUUUCAGUGUCCUUUCUAUUUCUGGUCUCUGUCAUUCUGUUUAUCAUCAUAAGACUGUGGAAAAGAAAGACUGGUGGAGGAAAUGGUCAUUUUCCAUCCAGUGCCCCCUUCCCGAAUCAUUUGGUGGAUGUCAGUGGCACCGGGACCUUGUCUCAGAGCUAUCAAUAUGAAGUGUGUCUAACCAGCGGUUCAGGGGCAAGUGAGUUCAAGUUCUUGAAGCCUAUUAUUCCCAACUUCCCUCUUCAAAAAUCUGGGAGUACUGCAGAAGAAAAUUCAGCAUCUUGGAAUAACUACAAUUAGAAAUACAAUUUUAAGAGCAGACUGUGGGUGUCUUCUUUUCCAAUCAGUUCCCUCACUCCUAAAUUCUUCUUUAGAAAUUCAAUACAUAAGUUGUUUGUAUUUAAUAGAUUUGCAUGUUCACA